UGCUAUCACUUGGAAGCCGGGUAAGGAUAUGACUUGUUUCUAUGACAUAAUAUGUUUUUCGCCGGAAAAUGAGAAUUACGAUUUACACCCUUGGGAGAUACGAAAUCCUCAGCUUUUGUAUACGUAUCAAGUGGAGAAUUUAUCAUUUUCAACAACUUAUAAAAUAGGUAUACGCGCCAAAAGCACGAAAGGUAUUAAAGAAAGCGAAUUGUAUUGGAAAAGCUUUCGUACACCAACGUGCGAGGAAUGGUUUAAUUACAAUUUCAAUAUAUGCGAACCUUUGCCGCCGCAAAAUUUAAGCGUUCAACAAAUUUACGUUGCUUACAAUACCUACGGCUUAAAUGUAAGUUGGUCGUUGCCGCAGCAUUUGCCGGAUAAUUAUACUCUUAUAGUCUAUGACCUUUCUUCAGAAAAAUUAUUAAAAACAAUCAAUUUAUCCAAGGAAACUUGCAAUAUUUAUAUAUCAAAUAUUACCAUAACCGGUAUGCUAUAUGAAGUGUCUGUGACCGCCUUCACUUUGGGUGGCAGAGCAACGACAACAUUUACCGAUUUCAUAACAACACGGACCCACAUGUCGGAUGAUCCCUUAAAAAAAAUGAAUUCUAUAAAGUUGCUAGCAUUGCUAUUGGCUUUAAUAUUCUGCUUGGCCGUAUUAGCGAUAACUGUGUUCGUAUUAUAUCAACGUCGUUUAAGGCUAAAGCAUUAUCAGCAACGUUGUGAAUAUCUGGAGAAGAUCGGAAAAGUCGCCGUAACCACAAGCAAUAUGAAUGGAGAAAGUAACCCACAAGUAACAACAACUACAGCUUUUAAUUUACAAUAUCAACUGGACUUGAAAGGAAACGUUCAAAGUGACGAUGGAUUAAAAAUCGCUUCCGAUAAUUUAAAAUUAUUCGAAGUUUUAGGUGAGGGAGCUUUCGGCGUGGUACGGCGUGCUCUGUACAAAGAUGAAAAAACCGGCAUCCAACGUGAGGUUGCUGUUAAAAUGUUGAAAACUCAUCCCAGUGUUGACGAUGUGCGAGCAUUGCUCCAGGAAAUCGGGGUUAUGAGAUCGGUUGGUAAACAUCCCAAUAUUGUUAGCAUUAUCGGUUACAAUAUUCGACAUUACACUCAAAUGAUGCUUUUAACCGAAUACUGCAGUUUUGGUAGUCUAUUAAGUUUUCUAAGAGCCGAGUGGCGUUACUUGUGUGAACAGAAACAAAAACAGCACGUGCGAAGCGGUUACAAAUUGAUGAUGCAACAAUUUGAAACUAAAUUGCCAGGUAUACCAGAAUUAGAAGAAGAUUAUGAACUGAUAACUCGAAAUAAGAACAUAGCCAACAUCGACUAUAAGAUUGAUAGUUUUCAAUUAAAUACCAAAGAAGAACACGAUGUCAUAACCUCAACAGAAAAAACAACUGCAGCAACCAUAAAGGCAACGUAUGCAAGCAUUCCGUGUCUUGAUAAAAUUGCCGUCAACAGCGUGUUACAAAACGGAGACUACUUGGAGAAAGAUGAGGGUGUGAGUGUGAGUGGAGGCAGGCAACGAAGUAAAUUAGAAAAAAAACAUGUAUCGUACUUUCAAGGAAACCAGCAAAAAUUUAAGAAAAAUAUUCGAUUAAAAAGUAUGGCUGUUGAAAAUAAAGCAUAUUUUAAUCUAUCAUACAAACAAAUAGGACAGCAAAAGCCCCCAACUGCUUACUUAAGCGCAGCAACGAGAAGACCCUUAGCGACAACGGAUUUGCUAAAUUUUGCCCGACAGAUUGCCGUAGGGAUGGAAUUUCUAGCUAAGCAUAAAGUUGUCCACCGUGAUUUGGCGGCGCGAAAUAUCUUAAUAGCCGCCGACUAUACUGCGAAGAUUGCAGAUUUUGGCUUAAGCCGUGACAUUUACCACGAGAAUGUCUACAAGAAAGUCGGUAAUGGAAAACUGCCCAUAAAAUGGUUAGCCUUAGAAUCAUUAACACAUCAAAUUUACACAACCGAAAGUGAUGUCUGGUCUUAUGGUAUUUUGCUAUAUGAAAUUGUAACGCUUGGCUCGGCGCCGUAUCCUGCGGUAACCACAAGUCGCCUAUUGAAUUUUCUGAAAGCAGGACAUCGUAUGGAGAAACCAAAGCAUUGCACUCAAGAGAUCUAUGAUUUAAUGUAUUCCUGUUGGCAUGAGCUAGCCAGCCAACGGCCGUCAUUCGCAGAAAUAAUCAAAACAUUGGAUAAACUUACAUAUCAUUCCAAUAUUAUUGAUGAUAUUAAACUUAAAAUGAAACGUUGUCCCCCUCGAUCACCAUUCAUAUCAAGAGAUCGUCGCUAUUUGAAGCCUUUAUAAAUAUUUUCAACAUAUUUCGUGCAGAGAUAAAACUCUCAGAGGUCUCUGUCUAUAUGCUCCAGAGACGGACGACAAGUCAACUCCUAGAAGCAACCAAUUUUUUACAUUCUAUCGACCACUACUACUAUAGAGGAUU